CCGCUUCUUGUUUCCACGCUGGAUCGCAGCCACCAGCAGUCACCCUCUCUUACAGAAUCACUCUCUUGAUACCAUCACUUGCUCCUACCGUCUCCUUUGUCCCCUUGCUAUCGACGCUCUGCCGUUCUUUAACGUUCUUUUUUCUAGUUAUCUUACUUUCUAGAUUGGUUCCCAAGUCUUCACGGCGUCGUCAUGUCAUCCAGAGGCUAUGGCGGCCCUCAAGAUCCCCGUUCUAAUCCCUUCGCAAACCCUCCCCAGCGGCAGCCUGGACCCCAGUACCCGCAGCCAGGUCCUCAGUUUCCUCAGACAAGGAGCGGCUACGACACUGACUCAGAUAUGGGCGACAACUACGGAUCCUAUAAUUCCAGCACGACUCGUCUAGCCGCUGCUCCUGGCUAUUUCGACCAAAACAAUGGCUCUGAACAAGACGUGUAUGGUCGUCGUUAUGUCCCGUCCCUCGAAUCUCAUGCAAGCAUACCCAGUAUUUCUCCGUUCGCCGAUCCUGGUCUUGGCACCAGUGAACCAUACCCUGCCUGGUCUGCAGAUAAACAGAUACCCAUGUCGAAGGAAGAAAUAGAGGACAUCUUCCUCGACCUCACCCAAAAGUUUGGCUUUCAAAGGGACUCGAUGCGUAAUAUGUUCGAUUUUACGAUGCACCUAUUAGAUUCCAGGGCAUCUCGCAUGUCGCCGAGUCAAGCUCUCCUCACCCUCCAUGCGGAUUACAUCGGUGGACAACAUGCCAAUUACCGCAAGUGGUAUUUCGCUGCACAGCUUAACCUGGAUGAUGCGGUCGGUCAAUCUCAGAACCCGGGCCUACAGCGGCUCAAGUCAGUGAAGGGCAAGAAGCCCACCAAGUCCCUCGACUCUGCCCUCAACCGCUGGCGUAAUGCCAUGAAUAACAUGUCCCAUUAUGAUCGUCUUCGCCAGAUCGCACUUUACCUCUUGUGUUGGGGAGAGGCUGCCAACGUCCGCUUUGUACCCGAGUGCCUCUGUUUCAUUUUCAAGUGCGCCGACGACUAUUACAGAAGCCCAGAAUGCCAGAACAGGAUUGAUCCAGUUCCCGAAGGCUUGUAUCUCAGCACCGUGAUCAAGCCCUUGUAUCGCUUCAUGAGGGACCAGGGGUACGAAGUUGUGGACGGAAAGUUCGUUCGGAGGGAGAAAGACCACCACGAAAUCAUUGGUUACGACGAUAUUAACCAACUCUUUUGGUAUCCAGAGGGCUUAGCCAAGAUAGUCCUCAAUGACAACACUCGUCUCGUAGAUGUCCCUCCAGCUCAGAGAUUCAUGAAGUUUAGCCGCAUUGAGUGGAACCGUGUUUUCUUCAAGACAUACUUUGAGAGGCGCUCCCUUCUACACUUACUCGUAAACUUCAAUCGUAUCUGGAUUCUACACGUCGCCGUCUACUACUUCUAUACCGCAUUCAACUCUCCCAAAGUGUAUGCGCCUAAGAACAAGUCAUCGCCGUCCCCGCAGAUGACUUGGUCUGCGGUUGCCCUUGGUGGGGCGGUGUCGACAGGUAUCAUGAUUGUCGCCACGCUUGCCGAGUUUUACUACAUCCCAACGACUUGGAACAAUGCGUCUCAUCUCACCACUCGGCUCGUCUUCCUCCUCAUUAUAUUGGCCUUGACAUGCGGUCCCACGUUUUACAUUGCCAUGGUGGACGAUCUUCCCAAUCUCAGUCAGCUCCCGCUCAUCCUAGGCAUCGUUCAAUUUUUCAUCGCGGUUGUCGCCACGCUCGUGUUCGGGUUAAUACCUUCCGGUCGUAUGUUCGGUGACCGGGUAGCAGGGAAGUCACGGAAAUAUAUGGCAUCCCAGACUUUUACUGCGUCCUAUCCAAGUCUGGCCCGUAGUGCGCGCGCAGCGUCCAUUUGCAUGUGGGUGCUCAUCUUCGGUUGCAAGUUUACCGAAUCCUAUUUCUUCUUGGCGUCGUCGUUCUCGUCUCCUGUUGCCGUAAUGGCGAGGACGAAAGUACAGGGGUGCAGCGACAAACUGUUCGGGAAUUCUCUCUGUAGUAACCAGGUCCCAUUCACACUCGCCAUUAUGUAUGUUAUGGACCUAGUACUGUUCUUUUUGGACACGUACUUGUGGUACAUCAUCUGGAUUGUCAUUUUCAGUAUCGGAAGGAGCUUCAGUUUGGGCUUGAGCAUCUGGACACCGUGGAAAGAUAUCUUCACGCGUUUACCCAAACGUAUAUAUGCCAAAUUAUUGGCGACAGGCGAGAUGGAAGUGAAAUACAAGCCCAAGGUUUUGGUUUCUCAGAUCUGGAAUGCGAUCAUCAUAUCCAUGUACCGCGAACAUCUCCUUUCUAUCGAUCAUGUCCAACGUCUGCUUUACCAUCAAGUCGACGAUGCUAACGGCAGGCGUACGCUUCGUGCGCCACCCUUCUUCACCAACCAAGAAGGGUUCAAAGGCAAUUUCUUCCCGACCGGUGGAGAGGCCGAGCGUCGAAUUUCCUUCUUUGCUUCUUCGCUGACCACUGCACUACCGGAGCCCUUACCUGUCGACGCCAUGCCUACAUUCACUGUCUUGGUCCCUCAUUACUCCGAAAAGAUCUUGCUGAGUUUACGAGAGAUCAUUCGAGAGGAAGACAAAAACACUCGGGUUACGAUCUUGGAGUACACGAAACAACUUCAUCCUGUUGAAUGGGAUAAUUUUGUAAAGGACACCAAGAUUCUUGCAGAAGAAAUGGACGGUGACUCCAGUGUUCACAACGAGAAGAAAACUGAUGAUCUACCAUUCUAUUGCAUCGGUUUCAAGACCUCGUCACCCGAGUACACUCUAAGGACACGUAUAUGGGCAUCGUUACGUGCUCAGACGUUGUACCGUACUGUGUCUGGCAUGAUGAAUUAUUCGAAAGCCAUCAAGCUCCUCUAUCGAGUCGAGAACCCCGACAUUGUGCACGCAUUUGGCGGAAACACAGAGCGGUUGGAGAAAGAGCUCGAGCGUAUGGCUAGGCGGAAGUUCAAGUUCACUAUUUCCAUGCAGCGGUAUGCCAAGUUCAACAAGGAGGAGCAAGAGAAUGCCGAGUUUCUCCUCCGCGCGUAUCCUGACUUGCAGAUCGCUUAUCUCGACGAAGAACCCGGUCCCAAGGGUGGCGACCCUCGCCUUUUCUCUACCCUCAUUGACGGACAUUCCGAACUUGACGAGGAGACUGGUCGGCGACGACCAAAGUUCCGUGUUGAACUUCCUGGAAACCCAAUUCUUGGCGAUGGUAAAUCUGACAAUCAAAACCACGCCAUUAUAUUCUAUCGUGGCGAAUACUUGCAGCUCAUCGAUGCCAACCAGGACAACUAUUUAGAGGAAUGCUUGAAGAUCCGGAACAUUCUUGGCGAAUUUGAGGAAUACUCGGUUUCCAGUCAGAGUCCGUACGCGCAGUGGGGACACAAAGAAUUCACCAAGGCGCCCGUGGCCAUCGUCGGUACACGAGAGUACAUUUUCUCCGAGAAUAUCGGUGUCCUUGGUGAUAUUGCUGCCGGAAAGGAACAAACGUUCGGUACCAUGACCGCUCGUGCAUUGGCAUGGAUCGGUGGCAAGCUACAUUAUGGACAUCCUGAUUUCUUGAAUGCGACGUUCAUGAACACUCGAGGAGGAGUAUCCAAAGCGCAAAAGGGCCUUCAUCUUAAUGAGGAUAUCUUUGCAGGAAUGAAUGCUUUUGGUCGCGGUGGUCGUAUCAAGCACUCGGAAUACUACCAGUGUGGUAAAGGGCGUGAUCUUGGUUUUGGCACCAUCUUGAACUUCCAAACCAAGAUCGGGACUGGUAUGGGAGAACAGAUGCUCAGUCGAGAGUAUUAUUAUCUGGGAACACAGCUACCCAUUGAUCGGUUCCUCACGUUCUAUUACGGCCAUCCAGGUUUCCAUAUUAACAAUAUCCUUGUCAUUUAUUCCAUCAAGAUUUUCAUGGUCACGCUCAUGUAUCUUGGAACUCUCAACAAGCAGCUUUUGAUUUGCAAGGUUGACUCUCAAGGAAACGUUCUGGGUGGUCAACCCGGGUGUUAUAACCUCAUUCCGGUGUUUGACUGGAUCCGUCGCUGUGUUAUCUCCAUUUUCUUGGUUUUCUUCAUCGCCUUCUUGCCGUUGUUUUUGCAAGAACUGGUCGAGAGGGGCACUGGCAAAGCUCUGCUUCGGCUGGGGAAACAUUUCCUUUCUCUUUCCCCCAUCUUCGAAGUAUUUUCCACGCAGAUUUACUGCCAGUCUAUCCUCAGUAAUCUGACUUUCGGAGGCGCCCGAUAUAUUGCCACGGGUCGAGGCUUCGCUACCAGCCGAAUCAACUUCAGCAUCUUGUACUCACGUUUCGCUGGGCCCAGUAUCUAUAUGGGUAUGCGAAAUCUAUUGCUGCUGUUGUACGCUACCAUGGCUAUCUGGAUCCCACACUUGAUCUACUUCUGGGCGUCGGUGUUGUCCCUUUGCAUCGCUCCAUUCCUCUUCAACCCGCAUCAGUUCUCGUUCGCCGAUUUCAUUAUCGAUUAUCGGGAAUUCCUGCGAUGGAUGUCUCGGGGUAAUUCUCGUACAAAAACCAGCAGCUGGUAUGGGUACUGCAGGUUGUCACGUACAAUGAUCACCGGCUACAAGAAGAAAAAGCUCGGACAUCCAUCUGAUAAGCUCGCUGGUGAUGUGCCUCGUGCUGGAUGGAGGACCGUUAUUUUCUCUGAAAUCAUAUGGCCCAUAUGCACGGCGAUCCUAUUCGUAAAUGCGUAUAUGUUUGUCAAAUCAUUCCCAGAUGCAGAUGGCAACCAGAACCCGAGCCCGCUAAUCAGGAUGUGCCUUAUUGCAGUCGGUCCCGUCGUCUGGAAUGCCGCCGUGCUUCUCAUAUUGUUCUUCAUUUCACUCUUUUUGGGACCCAUGAUGGAAUCUUGGGCUAAGUUUGGUUCGGUAAUGGCUGCGUUGGCACAUGGAUCUGCUCUCUUCGGUAUCAUCGCGUUCUUUGAGUUCUUUUGGUUCUUGGAACUUUGGGACGCAUCUCAUGCUGUUUUGGGUAUCUUGUCAAUCGUUGCCGUCCAAAGGGCAAUCCAAAGAAUCCUCAUCGCCGUCUUUUUGACCAGGGAGUUCAAGCACGAUGAGACCAAUAGGGCAUGGUGGACUGGCAAAUGGUAUGGAAGAGGUCUUGGAACAUCAGCAAUGUCACAACCUGCUCGAGAGUUCAUUGUCAAGAUUGUCGAGAUGUCCUUGUGGAGCUCGGAUUUCUUGCUUGCUCACAUCUUGAUGAUAAUUCUGACGCCUCCACUUCUCAUUCCGUUCGUUAACCAGCUACACUCUACGAUGUUGUUCUGGUUGCGUCCUUCGAAACAAAUACGAGCGCCACUGUUCUCGACAAAACAGAAGAGACAACGAAGAUGGAUUGUCAUCAAGUACACCUUGCUCUAUGUUAUCGUGAUUAGCUUUUUGAUAGCUUUGAUCGUUUUGCCCGCUAUCUUCCGCGAUUCCAUUACGUUUGACUGCAGCAUCUGCAAGAGUAUUUAACGAUCUAA